CGAGCUGCAUACCGCCCCACCCCUUACAAACAACAUCAUCCCCACUGUACCUAAAUCAGGAAGCACCACCGAGACACGUUUUUUUUCUCGUUUUUGUGUUACGGAGGCACUUUGGUGAACAAGGCAACGGCGAACCAUAAAGGGUGAAAAGGCGUUAUUGUUGAUGCUGUUGACGACCACCGUCGAAAGAAGACUGACAGUUGGUUACAUCCAGUACAAGGCUCAGCUGUGGAUGCAUUUGACACAGACUAACCGGAGAAGGUCUCUGUCAGCAGCAUGGGCCAGCAUCUAGGAAAGAGAGAGGCUCCCACCGACAGCAAGGCUCCGUCACCUGAACCUGAAGCAGAGCUGACAACAACAGCAGUAGCAGCAGAAGUAGUAGCAGCAGCAGAAACAGUAGCAGCAGCAGAACCUGAACCUGAACCAGAACCAGAACCUCAACCUGAACCAGAACCUGAACCAGAACCACAAGAUGAAGUCUUUGGCCUGGGUGAGGCAGAUGCGGACCAGAACAAUGGCUGCGUCUCGGAGAAGCCGGCGGUGACUGACUCCACGGGUGCUGAGGGCCCCCCCCAGCCCUGGCCCGACGCCAGCACAGCUGACCCUGACGCCGCCACGCCCCGCCCCCACCUGGCCCGCCUCUUCUCCCGAGAUGCCCCGGGCCGAGAGGAUAACACCUUCAAAGAGCGACCCUCUGAAUCGGACGAGCUACAGACCAUCCAGGAACACAGCGGAGCUUCAGAGUGCGGCUCAGACUACCCCGAACAGGACUUAGACUAGGCUAGCUUUUUUUUGUUCCCUCCCUCCUUCUGUUUUUUCUCUCUUCUCCCGCCUCUAUUUUUUCAGUCUCUCAUUUAAGAGAGCAACACAAACCCUACUUUUUGACACAUACCGACCACUACUACAAACAUAACAUGGCAUCCGCAAGCCAGAAGAAGAAGGCCCCCGGACUCAUGGAUCAGAUCGGAACCUUCUUCGGAGGGGACAAGAAGAGGAAGAGCAAGGUGAGGAAGCAGGGAGAGGCGAGAUGAAAACUCGAGCCCUUCUCGUGUAAAUGUUCAUUCUGCUGAUGCAUUCCCAGAACUUUUUACUUCUGAUUCUUUUACCAGAUCCUGUCAGAAUCCAUCGCAACAUAGAGUGUCAUAUAGUUGAUUUUACCGUUGUUUUUUGUUGGUGAACCAAAGUCUGGCUUUGUCCUAUGAUUCACUUUGGCUUGAGUCGACACUGGAUAGUGACUUUGGGUGGGGUUGGUUUUAUUUCUUAUUACAAGGAGCUGUCAUUUUUUGAAUCAUUUAAGGAUACAUUUCUAUAUAAUUAUGUGUAUUUUCUUUCAUUUGAAUGGUACUGACAUUGGUAGCAUUUUUUCUCUUCAGUUAAAUUUAAUAUAUCUGUUGUGUACGUGAUUUGGUGGAAUUGCUUGCUGUUUGUUUGUGAGGACGUCAAACAGGAACAGCCGUGUUUCUAGGUACUUUCCGUAAUGAUGAUGUUGUAAGAGACGGGCCUGUAUCAUUUAGAUAUAAUAGCCGACAUUAUUUUAGAUGUUUUUUACUCAGCAGAGUACAUAAUGCUUCUUUGAUGUCUCUGUCUCCGUGGUACUUUUACAGAUCUGUGAUCAGGGAGGGACUUCUCCUGUUUGCACGGUACAGCAAGCCGCUAAGUCACUUUCAAAGUAAACGGAUCACAUUAUGCUAUAAAUGAUCAAAGAGAUAUACGAUGUAUAUUAUCAUCAAAUAUAUAUAAUAGAGUAGGAGCAUAUUAUCAUCCCCUGCUUGGGAAUAUAUACAAGAGCCUGCAUUGUAUAAAGUAAGAACAGGCUUGUGGUAUAUUGCGGGUAAGUGAUAAUACAGAAUUAUCGCUUUAGAAUGACUUGUACCUGCAUGGCUUUGUUUGUUUCUUUGGUAUACAGGCAUUUUGACCCAAAGUCAAUCUGAACACCACAAUGAUCCGGUUUAGUUGGAGUGUCAGUUUAGUUCCAUUAGUGCUCCUGGCACCAGUUUGGGCACACUGCCUGGAGGCAGGAAGGAAAUGGAUUUCAAGCUUCAGCACCAAAUGUGGUGAAAAUAUUGAGCAUUGAUAUUUUGGUUGAUCACUACUGACAACACGCUGAAGCCAAAUCCCAAAAAGCUGAAAGGGAACAUUUUCUCUUUUCAAUAUCAACUUUCUGCUCAUUCUGAUUUAAAACAUGGAGAGUUUCCCUACAGCUAACUAAAUCCUGAAGGACAAAAAAAAUAUAUAUAUAUAUAAAUAUAUAUUUUUUUCUGUCCCGCUGUUCAAACUCUUAUCAGCAGCUUUAGCAACGUCAUUGCAAAUAAAUCACUGCAGCAGCAUGAAAUAUGCAUCUCAAUAUGCAUCUCCCCUCGCCUUAUGUCCGCUAUGAAAAGGUGUCCAGUGUAGGAUUCAGGAUCAAAAACAUAUUUUAUAUAUACUGUAUGCUACAAAUCUUUCUGCUGAUCAGACGUUUGUUUUGCUUUUGGAAAAUGUUACUCGUGAAAUGUUCAGGGAAUAAUGUCAACAGAAGAAAUUGUGAAGCUUUCAUUCAACGUUAGGCUAGUGAACAAUUUACCGCAGUAUUUGUUUGAUUUUUCGUAUUCUUUAUGCCAUAAAAUUGUACAUUGCUCUGCAUUGAUGACAGGUUUGCUAAAACAAAGUUGUACAAAUAUAUAUAUUUAUGUAUAUUCACCAAGGGUUUGCCUUCAAAUGAUGAGUGUUCAUGACAGACAGGUUCGCCCCACCUCCGUUGCCUCUAGCAAAAGAUCAAGCUGCGCUAUCUUUCUGCUGCAAAUGCUUCUUUUUCCAGCAAGAGAACAUCAUGAAGAUAUUUUCAAAGCUUUGUUUCUGAUCUGCCCGGCCUGUCAGUGCGCACAGAAUCUCCUUUUAACGUAAACUUUGCGGCAGUAGUUUUGGAAAAGAUUGCAUCAGUGUUUUCUGUUCAAUAUGCAUGUUUACCUGCGUAAGGCUGAGUUGUUUUCAGCUGAGGCAGCUGUGGAGACAUUUUCAAACUGAUCCCUUCUACUAUUCAUGUCCUUUUAUCAGAUUUUACUUUUAUCCAAGCCCCAAUCAGGGCUUUGAGAAAAUGCUAAUACGUCAGCAGGAGGUGUUUCAUAAACAGUUGUGAUGACGCCAACACCCCAGUCUCAGGACAUGAAACAACUCCCAAAAACAAAUCGGCAUUUGAAUGCUUUCUGAAGUUGAUUAUUUCAAAUGACUGGGAUGAUGAUGUACUAAUUAGAGGGGAAUUAACUUUGCAUCAGCUAUUCUAGCAGAAAUGUAGACUCAUAAAGAACAGAACAUGUGUUUUAUUAUUAUUCAUUGAGUUUAAAAUGCAGUGCAGCAUUACUGUGUACAGAUCAGGCUUCAGCUCACAGUGAAGUGUCUUGUGAUGCUGUCCUCUACCCCCAGUGUCUUGGAUGCAGAGGGGGAGUUAGCACCCCCUCCUCUUCCCCUCACAUCAGUUUGCUCACCUCAGGUUCACAUGUCCCGACCUGUCAGAGAGUUGGUCUGAACCAGCAGUGGAUCUGUGCUGAUCCCUGUUUUAUAACGCCUUCAACUUUGCAGUGUUUGUAUCUGUUGUGAACUGUUGUGACUGGCGACCUGUUCCUAACCCAAUCCUGUUUUAAAGCUUUUUGGAUUACUGCUUGAUUAAAACUCUUUAACAACAA